AUGGUGGGUCCUUUCAUUUCGGGGGGGGCGGGUCACUCGUCCUCAACAUCGUCACCAUUCUCGACACGAUCUACCAUCCCAUCGUCUCCAGAGAACAUCAGCGGCGAUAACGCCCCAACAGGUCCUAACGGCCUCCUCACCUUUCCUCACACAUCUGGCCAACUCAUGCAAGGCAUGCAGGCCAUCCUGAGCAAUCUCACGGGAGCCACAUCAUAUGGUUCUUUCGGCAACUUUGGCAUUCGCCAGGCCGACGCACAGCCUGAUGGCAAGCAGGCGGCUCCGGCGUCGUCGACGGGGCAGGCAGGCGGCUCUGCAUCCGCCAGGCCAUCGACCUCUACUGCCCAAAGCAUGACCGGUACUGCUACGGGAUCUGGGCACGGAGGGUCGCGAACAGAGCCUCCAAAGCGAAUCUAUACUGUUGAUGGGCUUCAGGUCUCAACGCCAGCGCUUGAUGACAUUGCCGCAGGGUAUUCUACCCGUCGUAACAAAAUCUUGUUACAGGGUGACCCGCAAGUUAUCCACAAGCAGCGUGUUGAGACAGCAAUCCGCGUCAUCAUCGACAUGCUCCGUCAGAUUCCCCCUUCCCCAUCCGCACCUAAUCCGCACACCACCCUCGCCACGCUCAUCCCCCGCGAUCCCUCAGGCAAUAGCCUUUACACAUUCGAGAGGUUGGCCAACUUUCGAGGACUCCGGUUGCAAGCGGGCACCACGACCAAGACGAGCUCUAAGAAGCAGUUGGCUCAAGGCGCUAUUCCUCUCCAGCAUCUCGCCUUUGUGGAGACCGCUGUCUACAUGAGCGGGGAGAAUGGCAAGCGCGUCUACGCUUGCAAGCGCUGCCGAGCCCGCGAGGAACGUCGGCGACAGAACAAGGACGCUGCCAGGAAGAAGCAAGUUGCCGCCGAUACCGAUGUCGUCGCACCCAACGCUCCUCGACCUUCCCUCCGACCCCCCUCUGAGGACUACAUCACGGGAGAAAACGCAGUUCAGUACGACCCGCACCGGAUCGGUCAGGUGGUAGAGGAGCCGCCUUGGGACCCAACCAUCCCGGAUUGGCGACACGAGAUUGUCCUUUUCAACUCGCCGCCAGACGUUGCGGUCAAGGACGGUUCUGCUUUCUGGCUCCCGUUCCGCGUCAUCUGCUACUGCAAGUGCCACGGCGAGAAGGUCGGCUUCCGCAUAAAGUUCACCCUCCGCACCUUUGAUGGGCGCAUUAUUGCCUCCGAGAUCACUCAUCCGAUCAAGAUCACCGAUGACCACAAGACAGACGCCAAGUCCAAGCCUCGAGUUGACCGCUUUGCAGCCGUCACUGGACCUCAGCCUCCCCGCGCAAGAAAGGGUCGAAUGAGCACAGCCUCAUCCCAGCGUGUAUCUCCCGCCCCGUCCGAGAGCGAGAUGAGUGUCACCUCCGAGGUCGGAGCGGUGACGCAAAAGCAAACGCCGCAGGUGCGCCAGGGCAAGCCCUAUGAGCGCCCUCCUUCCCAGUCACCAGCUGUGCAGACCUCUGCCUUGCCAUUCGACUUUUUGAACCAAGCCGAGAACCAGCGCCCUCGACUUUCCCGACAGGUGUCAGCCUCCUCCUACGCGUCUCAGCCCGACAUCACAAACUGGACACCCGAGGCCAUACAACAGUGCACGGUCAGCCCGGACGCCCUCCGGCGCCCCAAUUUCGCGUCCAUGACACCCAUGACCAACAUUAAUAACAUGUCGAACCCAUCUUCGCACGCGCCCAGCCCCAAUCCCGCUUUGAACGGUAUGGGUGGUGCCGGUCUAGGGGUGAAUGGGCUUGGUUCGAACGACAUGUUUGGCAACGACAUCAACGUGUCGCACCAAGGUCUUGACCUGUCAGCGCUUGGCGCGGCACAGAACCCACUGUUCGCCAACCAGCAGUCUGUGCCGCAGCACGACGUCGACAUGGCUAAUGUGGCGUCAGAGCUGGAAAGUAUGUUGAUGUUCGGUGGAGGUUCUAGCCACGCGUCGGUCACGUCAAGCAGCUACCAGGACGACCAUUCGUCAGUCUUCUCCGGCUUCAACAACCAAGGGAGCCUCUUCAGCGACAGUGGCUUGCCGCCGCAGGAGAGCAAUUCGUUGGAUGACAUGAUCGACUACUCUGGCGGGGAGAGCAACAGCGCAAUCAGCCCAAUGCAGGGCCUGUCUCUUUCACCGACCGUCGGCAUGGGUAGCCUCGACCUUGGUACUGGGCCUUCCCCUUUCCAACAGCCGGGAUCCCUUCCUCGCGUCGGCAACAACAGCGCCAACGACCACGAAGCUCAGACAAGAGCGUUGCUCGCGCUCCUCGCGCAGCAGCAGGUGCAAGUGCAGCCGCAGCCUGUCCCGGUCGUGUCGCACGUAAUCCCUGCCGAGGGAGAUAUGGCGGGUGGGGUUCCUGUUGCCAUCGCUGGUCGUCUGUUCCAGCCAGACACUGUCAUCGUCUUUGGUGGUCGGCCGGCAAUCACGACCUACGUUAGCGACUCGUUCCUUCAGUGCACCUUACCGCCCAGUCCUACGCCGGGUGAUGUCGAGGUGACUGUUCAAGGCCACAUUCGGGACAUGAACGCUCCGGCUAUGCUGUUCAGAUACACUGGCAUGGACAGGGAGAUGAUGCGAUUGAUGCUCGAGGUGCGCCAACGCCAUGCGGCUGCGGAUCCUGCUGUGCGCCUCGUCGAUCAUCUCGCCCGGUCCAACCAGAAUAGUGAUAUCAGUGAUCGUUCAAGCAUGAGCCCCGCGGGGGGCAAGCCCUCAUACGACGCUUCAGCCGCACCGCUGAUGGACCAAGCGACAAUCGACGGCGAUCAGGACGAGGCAACCUUACCGGCGGAGCCCAUGGACCUCCAGACGACCCUCGUGACAUGCCUGGACUGGCUUGAUACGUCCGUCGGGCCACUACAGCCGUCAGGUGUUGUAAAUCUCCGCAACAAGGCGCAGCAAACAUUGCUUCACCUGGCGACUGUCCUGAACUUCUCUCGACUCCUGCGGCGCCUUAUCGCUGUUGGAGCAGAGCUUGAUCUUCAAGACGUGAACGGCUUCACGCCUCUUGCCUUCGCGGCUCUGUGUGGCCACACCGCCUGCGCUCGAAUCCUCCUCGAGGCUGGAGCGGCAUACGAUGUUCCCACCGUUUUCGGCGAGAUGCCCUUGGACCUCGCCAAAGUUGACGACGAGAACGAAGUUGAGGGUCUUCUGCUCGCCGCGGUAUGGUCCACCAACCCCGAUGUGCCCGUUGUGGAGUCUGAUUACGAGCUUUCGCCUGAUUCAGAGUCAGAUCUCAGCGGGAUCGACAACGAUAACCCAAGCUCGUCCUCCGAGUCUGAGUCUGACGAGGACGGCGUUGAGGUUGACAGCAUCUCCAACGCAAGCCGAGCUCUCCGUUCUCGCAAGGCCAUACGGCGCCGUGGCAAGCAGCGCUCCCUCGACGUGCGAAGGGAAAGCCCGCUCAACCGGUCGCGUCGUACUUCGCCGAAGGAGUCACCGGAAACGUCGGCGUUCCAGUCCAUUCCUCGGGACGAUCCUCCUCCCUACGCGCCUCCCGAGGCUGGUUCAUGGAUGUCUCGAACGCUGUCUAACAUCUCGCACCCAAUAAGCGACACGAUAAACGGCGCCCUCCCCACCUUCCUCGGCAGCUGGGAGAAGCAUCAGCAGCAGCACCCUGGGACUAACUGGGUUGCAUUCCCCGCUCCAUCAUGGGACACAUUGCAGAAGCUCACUAGCCCCGAGGAGGUCAAGCUCUUCACUCAGGCGAUGGCGGCGGCGGCAUUUAACGCUGUCGUGCAGUCCGGUGCGACGACGUCCCACCUACAGGAGACGUCCAUGUCGCCCUCUCCAGUCAAGCUUAAGCAACGCCGCAAGCGCCGCGCCAGCGAGGACUCGCGAUCGUCAGGACAGUUGAGCAGCAGUGUCGUCGAGCAGGUCAAGCAGGACCGCAUGCUGUAUCUCUUCUGGCUGCCAGUGCUACUCUUCGUCGGCUUCUGGCUCCUGGUUACGGCGCUGCCGAUAGCCACGGGCUUCUGCUUGAUAUAUGCGCGCCAAAUUGGCCGCGCGAUCAAGCAGCGGUUGUAAAUGAUGGGAACACUCCGUUUACGAGGAGGGGUCGCGAGAGGGAGGAGGAAGGGAGUGAGGGAGGAGCGAGAGCACGAGAGUUACAUCAGACUGUGCAAUCAGCACAUCCAAUUAAUAAUUCAUGCACUGCAUUACACUAUAC